AUGAGUAUAAAGACAAAACAUCAGCUGCAACCAAACAUACAAAUAGACCAGCAAGAUCCAAAUCAAGAUGAUGUAUCUGCACAAAAUUAUGGGGAUAACCAAGAUGAUGAUAGUAAUUUAUUAGCAGUAAACUUUAAUAAUACUGAAGAUGUUGAAAAUGUUGAAUUAUUAGCAGAAAU